CUUUUCAUUACAAAAAUUUUUUGUGCGCAUGCGUCAGAAUCAGCCAUCUUUUUCGUACUGUUUUUUGUAAACAACCAUGCUAAAUUGUCCGCUAUCCGUGUAUCAAAAAUUAAAAUAAAAAUCAAAGUUGAUUAAUUAUAAAAAAAGUGAAAAAAAAAUAAGUAGUAAGUCAAAAUAAUCGGAAAAAAUUUUUUGUACUCCAUUAUAAUUAUGUUGUCUGUACGAAAAGGAACAACAAAACGGUGUUGUUAUGGAGUAUGUAAAAGUGAUACACGAUACAAAUCAUUUAAAACCAAUAGAUUCUAUUUUAUAAAUUUUCCAAAGCCUUGUCUUGAAUAUCGAAAAAAAAUAAUCAAAUCAUCAAGCAAAUUACACAUUAAAGCAUGUGUAAAAUGUGCGAAAUGUGAGUUAUGGGUGAAAAAAUGUGGCAGAAGUGACCGAGGUUUUAGAUCUAUUGAUGAUGUUACUAAGGAUACUUAUAUUUGCUCACUACAUUUUCUUGGAGAAAGUGGUCCAACUGAACAAAACCCUGAUCCUUUAAGCUAUCAAGAGUUUCAACAUAUUGAUAAAUCAAUUAAUAAGGUGCUCAAAGCAAGAACCAGCUUAUCCGAAAAAUACAACAGAGUUGAUAUGGAAAAAGCAAAUGGAUUAGAAUAUAGAAAAAUAGAUGAUAUUCUACCAGAUGCACAGACAUCAGUGUCUCAUGGAGAGGUUCACAACGUAAUUGAUGAUAAUACUUGUUUUGUUGAACAAAUAUUACCAGAUCAAACGUCAGACAUGAGUAUGACCCUUGGAGAUAUAAACCCUGAAGAAACUAGGAAGCAUACAAGAGCAAUAGAAAUUCAGACAGAUUCGAUAAAGAUGCGUAAUAAAAUUAUUCAGGUUAAGUUACAAAAAAAUUCAGCCAUGGAAAAAUUUAUUAUCUCUAUUCGCAGUGAUGAAAAAAGAUGCAUAUUUUAUACAAGUCUGCAUUUUGAGCAAAUCCAAGCUUUACAUAAAUUUUUGAGCCCAGCUUGCGAAAACUUAGAUUAUUGGGGCAGUCGAGAGUCAAAGCAUGAAAAUUCCGAAAAAAAUAGUAAAUACAAAUUAACUUCAUUACAGCAGUUGAUUUUGGUACUAUUAAGAUUACGAAUGGGAUAUUUAACAGAAGAUUUAGCUUACAAGUUUGAUAUUUCUACGGGGUUUGUUUCAAAAAUAUGCACAACUUGGAUUUAUUUUUUGUACAAUGAAUUUACCACUCAAUUGAAGCCAUUUAUGUUCCCAUCUAGGAAAACGAUAGCCGAAACAUUACCUAAAAUAUUUCGGUCUAUAAAAAACAUAAGAGUUAUUGUAGAUUGCGCUGAAUUUUUUUGUCAAUCACCGUCAACCUUUGAACACCAAGGUAAUUUAUAUUCAAGUUAUAAAGCUCAUACCACAUUUAAAGUGUUGAUAGGAUGCACUCCUAAUGGAUGUGUUAGUUUUGUAUCUGAUGCAUUUGAGGGUUCAAUAUCGGAUCCAGAAAUAUUUAAACGAUCAAAAAUAGCAGACUUAUUGCAACCUGGAGAUGUAGUACUAGCAGAUCGAGGUUUUACGGUUCAUGAUGUAGUUGAAGCUAAGCAAGCACAUUUAAAUAUUCCUCCAUUUUUGAAUGGAAGAGACCGUUUAACUGCUCAAGAGGAGAUUUUGACGAAGAAGAUAGCAAAACAACGAAUAUAUGUUGAACAUGUUAUUGGGCGCAUAAAAAAAUUCAGACUUCUUUCCACCGUUCUACCUUUAAAUAUGCGUCCUAUCAUGUCACAAAUUAUAUUUAUUUGUGCAUGCUUGGUCAACUUUCAAGCACCUAUAGUUUUCGACGAAUUAAAUUAAGACCAGAGUGUUGUAGGAAAUAAAAAAACUGAAAGUCAAAAUAAUUGUAAUAUAUAUUAAAAUUUCAAAACACAUAAACACUUGUAAUG